ACACUACCUAUGUGUUUUACCGCGCCCACCCCAGCCCUAGUCUGCUAAGCCCGUGCUCUCCCUCUCUUUUCUCUCAGAAAACGAGAACUCUGGUAAGGAAAGGAAAAAAAGCUCGACCGCCUUCGAUUGAUAUUCAGUAAGAAGAGAAAUAGUAAAUUUGAGGUUCGAUGGCCGGCGGCUCAGAUGUGGCGGAGGCGCUUUCCUGUGCUCAGUGCGGCAAGCCUGCUCAUCUUCAGUGUCCAAAGUGCGUGGAGUUAAAGCUUCCUCGUGAAGGUGCUGCUUUCUGUACUCAGGAUUGUUUCAAGGCUUCUUGGAGCUCACACAAAUCAGUUCAUUUGAAGGCAAAGCUGUCCGCACUUGGGACAAGUGCUGCUGGUGAACAAGAUUCGCAUUUAGCUAGUGAGGGUUGGCUAUAUUGCUUGAGAAAAGGGCAGAGUCGAAGUCCAAAACUUCCUCAUUUUGAUUGGACAGGAACACUCAGACCAUAUCCCAUAUCUAUCAAGCGUAUUGUACCUGCUCAUAUUGAUAAACCUGACUGGGCUGUUGUUGGAAUCCCAAAAGUUGAGCCCAAUAGUGAUUUGCAGCAUGUUGUUGAGAUCAAAACUCCAGAUCAAAUUGAGAGAAUGCGAGAAACUUGUCGAAUUGCAAGAGAGGUUUUGGAUGCUGCAGCUCGGAUGAUCCGUCCUGGUGUAACAACGGAUGAAAUUGAUCGAGUGGUUCAUGAGGCAACUAUUGACGCAGGAGGAUAUCCAUCCCCUCUCAAUUAUUAUUUCUUCCCAAAGUCUUGCUGCACGUCAGUUAAUGAAGUAAUAUGCCAUGGAAUUCCCGAUGCAAGGAAAUUGGAGGAUGGUGAUAUUGUAAAUGUUGAUGUCACUGUUUACUACAAAGGAGUUCAUGGUGAUUUAAAUGAAACAUAUUUUGUGGGAAAUGUCGAUGAAGCAUCUCGUCAGCUGGUACAGUGUACAUAUGAGUGCUUGGAUAAAGCAAUAUCUAUUGUUAAACCUGGAGUGAGAUUUCGUGAAAUUGGGGAAGUGAUUAAUCGCCAUGCUUUAAUGUCGGGGUUAUCAGUGGUUAAAUCAUAUUGCGGUCAUGGUAUUGGAGAGCUAUUCCACUGUGCCCCAAAUAUUCCCCAUUAUGGAAGAAAUAAAGCAGUUGGGGUGAUGAAAGCUGGACAGACUUUUACAAUUGAACCAAUGAUUAAUGCAGGGGUUUGGCGUGAUCGAAUGUGGCCUGAUGGAUGGACCGUCGUUACUGUAGAUGGCAAACGCAGUGCUCAGUUUGAGCACACUCUUUUGGUUACAGAAACUGGAGUCGAAGUUCUUACAGCUCGGCUCCCUUCAUCUCCCAAUGUGUUUCCCUGGCUAAGUAAGUAAUCAGUGUCAUCUUUACCUAGUAGAUAAUGAAAUCGAAGGUAAGCUAUUGAGGCGUUAUACUGAUGGUAAGAGAUUAUGAAGUACCCUUUCCGUUGGAUGAGAGCAGUGUAUUUGUUAAGUAAUGGGUGAGAAAAUGAUGCAAUAUUUUCAUUUAGCAUAUGGUGUGAUCAUGUGUAAUAUGGAUUUUCUUCCCUUGGGUUUUUUCAUUUGAAGAAUAAUCAUAAAUUGUUUCUUUUUGUUCUAGAAUACUCAUAAUUUUUUUGUACCAUGAUCAAGAAGCAGUGUCAUAUUGUUUACGUUUGUGGAUCAUAAUAAAUUAUGGGCAUGAUACUAAAAAAAAUUUAAA